CCGGCCGAGGUCUGCGCGGCCUUGCGCAAGGGCUUCAUCGCGUGCCACCGGGCCAUGUGGAAAAAGCUGCCAGAGUGGCCGAAGACCAUGACGGGUCUGCCCAGCACGUCGGGAACCACUGCCAGCGUGGUGAUCAUCCGCGGGUCAAAGAUGUACGUCGCUCAUGUAGGCGAUUCGGGAGUGGUGCUGGGAGUCCAGGACGACCCCAAAGAUGACUUCGUGAGAGCUGUGGAGGUGACGCAGGACCACAAGCCAGAACUGCCCAAAGAGAGGGAGAGAAUUGAAGGCCUUGGGGGCAGCGUGAUCAACAAGUCUGGCGUGAACCGCGUGGUUUGGAAGAGGCCUCGCCUGACUCACAACGGCCCCGUGCGCCGCAGCACCGUCAUUGACCAGAUCCCCUUCCUGGCAGUCGCCAGAGCGCUCGGUGAUCUUUGGAGCUACGACUUCUACAGCGGUGAAUUUGUUGUGUCUCCUGAACCGGACACAAGUGUGCACACCCUGGAUCCCCAGAAGCACAGAUACAUUAUCCUGGGCAGUGACGGGCUGUGGAACAUGAUCCCACCUCAGGAUGCCAUCUCCAUGUGCCAGGAUCACGAGGAGAAAAAAUGCCUCACGGGAGAGCACCGCCAGUCCUGUGCCAAAAUGCUGGUGAACAAAGCCCUGGGCCGCUGGAAGCAGCGCAUGCUUCGUGCAGAUAACACCAGCGCCAUCGUCAUCUGCAUCUCGCCAUUGCAGGACAGCAAAAGCAACCUGGAAAAUGAAGAAGAAUUGUAUCUCAACUUGGCAGAGAGCCCCUGCUACAGCAGCCCCGAUGUGAAUGUCAUGACACCCUCCCGCUGCUGUACCCCACCUGUCAAGCUUUUAGAAGAUGAUCCAUGGCCACGACUGAAUGCCUCUGAGCCUGUUCCUCCCCUCAUGCAUAGCAACAUGAUCUCAGAAAAAAUCUUAGAGCUGCCAAAUGAGAUUGCAAAAAGCAAUUUACCUUCAUCGGGAGCAACCUUGAAGGAUUCGGGUCCCCAGGAGGAGAAGUGCAGCAAAGCGCUGGCGUUGAGGAUACACGAGUCCUACAGUAAUGGUUUGUCAGUCAGUCUCUCCCCUUCCAACGCCACAAAUUCAGGCACGGACCAAAAAGGCUUCAAGGUGUCUCCUAACGGCCAAACAAAAGCCCAAGACGCGGAGAGGACACCCACAGCAAACUUUAAAAGGACACUGGAAGAAUCUAACUCCGGCCCAGCCGUGAAAAAGCCAAGACGUGGGCUGGGUCGAAACAUGAGUGCCCAGCCAGAAGGCAUGUCUGCAACUCCGCAGCGCAGGAACUCCAGCAAGCUGACCAUGCGGCGCAGCCUGCGGGGCCAGAAGAAGCUCAGCAGCUCGCUCUUCCACCCGCCCAGGAAGGCGGUGUGCGUCUGCUGAAGGGCGCUGCUGGAAGGGGCUGAAUUUUGAUUAGAAUUUUAAAGUUGGUGCACAAGUCUGAAACUCUUCUCGUUUUCUCUUUUUUUAAAGUAGAAACUUUUUUUGGUAUCAAACAGCUUUAUCCCAGCCUUGUACUUGCUUGUAUUAUAACUGUGAAUUUUGUAGAUGUGUAGGGUAUAAGUCACUGUAAAAUGUGUG